AUGGCGUCUCCCAGUGGGAAGGAAGCCCGGGCGCCGGAGGCUCCUGGCUGCGGGCCCCGGCCACUCACCCGGGACCUGGAGGACUCCGUGGACGACGCGGAGGGGCUGUACGUGGCGGUCGAGCGGUGUCCGCUGUGCAACACCACCCGCCGACGGCUGACCUGCGCCAAGUGCGUCCAGAACGGCGAUUUCGUUUACUUCGACGGCCGCGACCGGGAGAGGUUUAUUGACAAGAAGGAAAGGUUAAACCGACUUAAGAUCAAGCAAGAAGAAUUUCAAAAAGAAGUGUUAAAAGCGAUGGAAGGAAAAUGGAUAACAGAUCAGUUGAGAUGGAAAAUAAUGUCCUGCAAGAUGAGGAUUGAACAACUGAAACAAACAAUAUGUAAAGGAAAUGAAGAAAUGAAGAAAAACUCUGAAGGUCUUCUCAAAACCAAGGAAAAGAAUCAGAAGCUUUACAGUCGAGCACAACGGCACCAAGAGAAAAAGGAGAAGAUUCAGAGGCACAACCGCAAACUUGGUGACCUGGUAGAAAAAAAAAACAUUGACUUAAAAAGUCAUUAUGAGCGUCUGGCAGAACUUCGGCGAUCCCGUAUAUUGGAGCUCACCUCUGUCAUUUUCCCAAUUGAGGAAGUAAAAACUGGUGUGAGAGAUCCCGCAGAUGUGUCUUCAGAGAGUGACAGUGCCAUGACCUCCAGCACCGUGAGCAAGCUCGCCGAAGCCCGGAGGACAACUUACCUUUCAGGACGAUGGGUCUGUGACGAUCACAAUGGAGAUACCAGCAUUAGCAUUACAGGGCCUUGGAUUAGCCUCCCUAAUAACGGGGACUACUCUGCCUACUACAACUGGGUGGAAGAGAAGAAAACGACGCAGGGGCCUGACAUGGAGCAUAAUAACCCUGCUUACACAAUCAGUGCUGCAUUGUGCUAUGCGACUCAGCUGGUCAACAUUCUGUCUCAUAUACUUGAUGUAAAUCUUCCCAAAAAGCUGUGCAACAGUGAAUUUUGUGGGGAAAAUCUCAGCAAACAGAAAUUUACUCGAGCUGUGAAGAAAUUGAAUGCAAAUAUCCUUUACCUUUGUUUCUCUCAGCAUGUAAAUUUAGAUCAAUUACAACCACUGCAUACCCUCAGGAAUCUAAUGUACCUGGUCAGUCCGAACUCUGAACACCUAGGCAGGUCAGGACCCUUUGAAGUGCGAGCAGACCUUGAGGAGUCCAUGGAAUUUGUGGAUCCUGGAGUUGCUGCUGGAGAAUCAGAUGAGAGUGGAGACGAGCACAUAAGUGAUGAGGAAACCGACUUGGGGACGGACUGGGAGAACCUGCCAAGCCCCCGGUUUUGUGAUAUCCCUUCCCAGCCCGUGGAAGUCUCCCAGACCCAGAGCACCCAGGUGUCUCCACCCAUCGCAAGCAGCAGUGCAGGUGGGAUGAUCUCCUCCGCUGCAGCCUCCGUGACCUCCUGGUUUAAAGCUUACACUGGACACCGUUAAUGAGCGUGGACCAAAACAUGUCAAGUUUGCAUCAGGAAAGUUCUCCCACUACAUUCUAGUAAACCUUAUCUGUUCAGUUAUGAUAGCACCUGUAACAAAAAGAGGUUAAACCGUUUUGUUUUUUUAAGCCCAGAGAUGGCAUUUCUAUUUGUCAAAUGGUCUAUGAUGGUGACCUACAUUCUUAUAAUUAAUAGAACAGAUGGGGCAAAGGUCCUUCUCCCCAGACCAGUGCUGGUAGAAGGACCCGUGUGUGUGGCCGUUUCUUUUGAGGAAGAGAUUUGGGCUCCCUCUGGUCCCAGGCCACAGGACCCACAGGCACUGGUCAGCGUCUUGGUCCUUGUGUUGCUGAGACUGUUCCUGAGAGAUUGGUUGAAUCACAAGAAAGUGAUUCUUGAUUAGGACUUGAAAGAUAAAAACUGUUCUAAUAUGAGUGUUUUUCGGCCAUUGUUUUUUGUGCAGAGAACCAAAAGGCAAUUUGAAAUAUUUGAUUUAUUUGGUCAUCUUUGGUUUUUAGAUCAAGGAUUUUGAUUUUUGUUUGGGAGGGGGAUAGUUUAACACUUAUUUUAUUUGUACUGCUGUCAUAGCUUGUCAGACAUUCCUGUUUUUCUUUCUCCCACACACCAAAGAAACAGGUCUUUUUUUCUUUAGGACCCACAUCCAUCAACAGAAGAAAUCCUAGCUGCAGUAAUGUCCUGAAGAUUUUUUUUAACUAUUUCCUUGUAUCCUGAAGGGAAUUAAUCUCAUUCUUACCUAGGUUAUUGAAUUCCUGUCAUCCACACUUUGCAUUUUGAGAUUGAACUUACUUUCUAUGGGCAAAAAUAAGUCAUUAAGGUCAUUCCCUUGUGUAAGCUAAAUGCCUGUCUGGGCAUAGGUUAAAAGCCACUUAAGUGGCCUUUGGUCAUUCUUCCAGUGUCCAGUUGCUUUCUAAGGGAUUUAAUAAGAUGGCAAGUGUAUCCAGGGAAAAUCAUCCUGCUUGUUUCCUAGAGGUCUUUGUUGCUCUGAGGACACUACCUUUGCUCAAAGAUGUAAAGCAGAUCCUUAUAGAUGAUACUCUCUUCUCUAUCCAGGGGAAGCUCAGAUAUAAAGAAUUUUCCCUCACCAGGAGAUCAUUUUCAGCUUAUGUGUCUAAUCAUUCUCUUAGUGACAAUCUUACAAGAAAACUAAUGAGAGGCAUUAUGUACAAAUAUGUAAGUAGUUUAUUUUUAAUUGCAAAAAAACUAUGUAACAGCUCCAAAAAAUCCUAUGAAAAAUUCUUAACAGGCAUUAUUACCCUAUCUUAUUAGUGUGACUAGCAUGACAGUACUCAGAUAAAUCAUUUGGAGGUUUGCCACGCCUUAGCUUCUUUCCUUAUUGUCAUUAUUAUAGUUGAUACUUUGCCUCCAAAUCCGAGGUGCUAUAUAGCUUUUGCUAUUGGUAUAUUUGGUGUUUGGUAGCGUUUGAGGUAGAGUUGCAGAAGAAGGGAGUUUAUUCCCAUCCAGAAGUCCCAAGUUCCUUGGCUCUAUGAAUUUUCCACUUAGGGAGGAAACAGGCUUUUCCCCUUGUGUGUUCUUAUACAGCUGGUAUCUGUUUUAAGUGCCCAGCUUCAUGGUUCCUGGGCUUGUAUUUUACCAGCCAGUUCCAGAUUUCAUAGAGAGUGGAUGUGAUAGACUUGAACAAAUACCAGAUGAACUAAAAAUCUCAUGAGUUAUCUACUUCAAACCCUUAGAAGGAAGAACUUAGUCUCAAGAGUUGGAAAACUAGGAUUUGGGGCUUGGGAGUAGAGACUGACUUCCUCUGAGAGGCAGAAUAGUUAUGGUCUUCCCGAAUAAGCCUCUUAUAACCAUGAUGUAAGAUGAAGCUAAAAAACAGAAGCCAGAGAUCACAAACUCAUAUCUAGAGUAAUUCAACAAAACUUAUAAAGAUGUAUGAAAUUUAGGAAUUGAUAAGGGUCCUUAUUUUUGUUAAUAUCAACUAGAGGCACUUUACGUAGGGUUAAGUGGUCAUACUCAUUAAUGGUUUUGAACACCAACAUACUGACUUACACACUGCUGAAAUAUUUUGGGUUUCAUUAUUUUGCACUGGAUCCACCCUGUAAAUAUCCUUAAAUAUACAUUUGAACCACUGUUUUUUCUACUUUUUGCUGCUCAUUAAAAUCUUUCAUGUAGGUACCAGAACCAUAUGUAAACAGCUUCUUAAAAAAUUGAAGCUGGUGGGUUUUUUUUAAACAAAAAGCCAUAGAACUUGAUCAUGUUUUCCAUUUUAAAAUGAUUUGUUGAAACAAGGUAAUACUAAUAAAAACCCACAGGCACCAAAUAGGUUGCUUAAAAUGAUCUGUUAAAGACAUUUUUUUGUAAUGAAUAUAACUAAGUUUUGCACAUCUGUAAGUUAAAGGGAAAAACAGCAUGUCACCAUAGGAUACCCAAUUAGGAUUUAUCUAAGGACUCAUGUAAGUUGGGAAAGAGCAUUCAGUGGCAUGCUGUAUAGAAAGAACUAGGUCUGAGAAGCUCUUUGCAGUGUCAUGUUGCAGGAAUUUCCCUUUGCUCUGCAACUUCCAAACCAGUUUGAGUCAUACAAAUGUUUUCUAAACUUUUAUUGUAUUGCUGCAAUAAAUCUUUUAACAGUACUUUGCUAAUAUGUCUUUUUCAAACUGAUUCAUUUCCACUGCUACGUUGAGGGUAGUUAAGAAUGAGAUCCAGGACUGUAGUAUUUUGAACAAAUUAUAGAAUACUUUAAGAAUUUUUUGGCCAGGUAAGAAAAAAAUGCCCAAUACAUUUUUUAAAUUAUAGAUCAUGGUGGUAUUAAUCAUAAUGGUCCACCUUCAGCAAGCUGGGAAGCUGGUUGCUUACCAGUUACUUGCUUUCUCUAAAGAUGUGUUUUUCUUUAGUAGCCAGCAUAUGAUGCAUGUGACCUACUGUGGCUUCCCUGGGGAAGGAGUGGGCCUCUAGGAACCUGCCCAGACUUUCUUUGGGACAAGACAGAAAGGGAAAUGUUAGAAGGGGACCUCUUCUAGAUGGAUCCCCUACCCAUCUAACCUUUCAGGUUAGAUUACUGUGGAAAAGGGCCACCUGCAGGUGGAGGGGGAUACCAAGAGUGACUGACUACUGUGGAACAGCUGGGCCAGCUAGGAGAAAUACCAAGGAACUAUUGCCAGAGUUGCCCUACACCUUGACCUGGAGUUGGCCAGCCGGCAAAAGGAGGAAAUGGGCAAAGAAAUGGAAGAGUUCUCAAAUAGUGUGCUUGGGUGUUGCUAUCUGCCUUGGGUUGAUGUCCCCCUCAAACUUAAUUCCCACUGUAACUGUUGAGGGUGAGAGAUCCUAUUAUGGUAAUUGAAAGGUGGAGCCCUGAUGAGGUAAUUAGAUUCUGAGGACCAUGCUCUAGUGAAUGGAUUAAUGGUGGUGGUCAAGGGCUUGGUUCUGAGGGCUUUAAAAGAAGAGUGCAUGAGAAGUUUUCUCUCUGCUCCACCAUUUUCUGCCACGAGACCCCUGCAUUGCUGUAAAGCCACCACCAAAGAGGACCCUCACUAGAUGGACUUCGGA